AAGAAGAAGAAGAUGUUGUUGUUAGCUGCAAAGGAUGGAUGCAAACAUGCUGUAGUCCGACACAGUUUUGGAUGUUAUUAAGUAAUGGGCUGAGAUCUACCUGCAUUCAAAAUGGCUAGAGAAAGGAAGUGCAUCCUUUGUGAAACAGUCUGCGUGUCCAAGCAGGAGAUGGAUGAACACAUGAGGAGUAUGCUCCACCACCGCGAGCUGGAGAAGCUCAAAGGCCGGGACUGUGGACACGAGUGCCGAGUGUGUAAGGUGGAGGUGGUGAGCCUGACCGACUACGCCAGCCACAUUUCCAGCCCCACGCACAAGCAGAACGUGGAGGCUGCCGAACAGAAGCAUGCGUGGAACGACCGGGAUGAGGACUACUUCGACCAAACCUUGGUCGACUUGAUUGAAAAGAGGAAAGAACAGAGCAGAAAAGAGAAGGAGGCUGCCGCUGCAAAGCAAGCUCAAGAAGAAGAAGAUUGCCGCCGAAAGGAGGCGUUUCAGCAGAGGCUACAGGAGGCGAAGGAUCGCUACCGCUGGAAGUGCGGCUGGAAGCAGCAGUCGCCGGAGUUCGGUGGAUCCGGUCACCACGGUUCUUGGUACCAGAGCAACCGGUAUGACGCGCGAGACGGGGAGGCGCGACCCUGGAACCACAACAAACAGGGGAAGAGUUCCACGUGGCACGCUCAGCAGCCUCCCAACUUGCAGAAGUGGGCGUCUGGAGAAUUCGCGGGUGGACGCAUGCACGGCCAGGAAGGGCGCAGCAACAAGACCUGGGGUCAGAGCGCGUUUUCUGGCAGCCAGCAAAGCCGGCUGCCUUGGCUCAGCAACGGAGGCAGCAGUAACGGGCUCUAUGGCCGCAACAAUAUUUCAGAGUACGCUCAAAAGAGCCGCCCUCUGAGCUUAUUGGGGCCUCCGCCGAGUUUCUUUGCCCACGCUCUGAACCAGUUUCAGAGUAAGGGGAAUGAUGAAGGUGGUCAACAGGGUGCUGGGUCUCACAAUGGAGAGGGACAAUCAGCCGACCAUAACAGUAACAAGAGCGCGAAGACUUUUGGCAGCAACCCAAAGCUGGACAAAGCGUGUCGUUGGUCGCCCUAUCCAGUCGCGAAGGGUUUUGAAUCCCUUCCCCAUACCGAUGCAAAUCCAUCAGAGAAGUAUAACAAAAUCGCCAAACCACAGAAGCAAGAGAGAACACCAGAAACCAGUGGCUUUAGCAGGCAGUCUCGACCUGAACAGAAAUCAGGGCAGUUCACCUCAAGUAGACAAAGCGUCGAAGAGAAAGACAGACAUAACGCAAACCCCUCGUCGAAACCCAGAGAUGGGAGUAGCAGCAGCAGUCGAAGCAGCAGUUCGCAGAGAGACGAGCAGCAGAAAACCUCCUCCGGUUCUUCCCGUCAGAAGGCAAAUAAGGAUUUGCUACUCGCAGAUCGUAAGAUGUCAUCGGUUCCUGGUCUCGGUAGCGGAGGUCAAGUCAGCGUGACUUUCAGUAAAGUUCAAGCACAAUCAAAACCGACCGGAAAGCAGAGUGAAGCCAGAGCUUCGCCGGUCGGGCCCCUCCAGUCCAGAAAAGAACGACAGCUCCCGGAAUCGUUACUGAAAGCCAGACAGAUCGCGUUAGAACGGAGGGCCUCGUUGGAGGAACAGCAAAGGGACCAGAGUCAGAUGGGAGUGAACAAAGAGAACAGCUGCAGGCAGAACGCAGCCAAGCCAACGUCACCGGACGCAGCCAGAGAAGAAAAGCUUUCGUCGCCGCCCUCGGACGGCGGCCAGUUUCUCCAGUCGUUGCAGGUUAGCACCUCCACCGCGGAGGGCUCGGAGGCUGCGGCGUCGGAGAAGCAGCCCAGCUCGGCGUCUCCAGACGAGUCCAUGCAGGUGGCCGAGGCCGGGCAGAGCUCGGAGAGCGACGCCUCCAGGAGCGGGGACGCGCAGACGGUCUCGGGGUCGAACAGUCUGUCCAAGCUGGACCUUCCCCCCGUCUUAAAGCGCGACCUCACCAAACACAUCAGCUCCAAGAGCAAAGCCGGCAGCCUGGAGCCCAACCUGAACAUUGCCAGGCGGGUGCGUAACGUGAGCGAGUCGCGGAGGAGCGACUCGGAAAAGGACUCGGGGCUCAAACCGACCGUGCGGCAGCUCAUCAGCUCCUCUGGCUCUCGGCGCAAUGUCAACUGGGAGCAGGUUUACCAGGAGGUCAGGAAGAAGCAGGACAAGGGGAAAGGCAUGCCGCGGUUUGGGAUCGAGAUGGUGCCAUGUGAGCAAGAGUACCAAAGCCAGGAGGAGGGGGACAUACCCCUGUUGGAGGGUUUCCAAUGGGAAGCAUUGAUGGAAAGCUCUUCGCAGGGCGCCUCCAGAAAACGCUCCUUAUCAGAGAGCAGCCUCGCCCCCGGAUUCACUAACUCCCUGUUUACAUCCCUCAUAUCAAAUGAGAGGGCGCAGGGAGAAGACCUCGGCUCGGAGCAGCAGGCCUCGGCCGUUUCUCCCAGCGACGGCAACGUAUCUGCACGAGGAAAUCCAGACAAUCAGCCAGAGACGCUCGGUCAGUUUGAGAAGAAGCAGCCGGAAAAAAUCGAGUCGGAGACGGCGCGAGUCCUCCAGAGAUCGGAGUCGGUGCUCGGGGACAGCAGCUCAGGGACGGAGCAGUGCGACGCUCAGGGGACGGGAAAGAGGCGAAGAGCAACGGGGGAUGUUCCAAGUACAGAGUCUUCUUGUUUGGAACAUAACAACAAAAGAAGGAAGGUCAAACCCAAAAGAGAGCGUUUACACAUCGACCAGCUGCUGGCAGUGUCCCUACGGGAGGACGAGCUGAGUCGGUCCCUGCAGCAUGUGGACACCAGCCUGGUCCAGGCCCGGGCCGCGCUGGAGGCCGCCUACAUGGAGGUGCAGCGCCUCAUGGUGGUUAAACAGCAGAUGACCGAAGAGAUGAGCACACUAAGAAACAAGCGCAUUGAUUUACUAAAAGGAAUGCAAGGCUCCGCGGAGGAAGCGCCUCUGCUCAAACUUAAAGAGGAGAGGAUGGAUGCAGAAGAAACUGGGCCUCGCGUACCUUCCUUCGUUUCCUCUGUGGCGAACGCUGCCGCCCCGAGUCCUAAUCAGGCUGCAGACUGCGCCUCCCCUCCGUCCUCCAGCCUCCCCUUCACGCCUGUGGUCAUCAAGCAGGAGCCGCAGUCCCCGGUCCACGUCAGCGCCGAGCAGGAUGCCGCAGACAGCGCCACCCACUUCGCUCACAGCACCACUCUGGAGCUCCCAGUCGCUCCGGCCACCGAUUCUCCAUCAGAUUCUGUCGAUAACUUCCAGCCUUCUCCUGAGAGAAAACCUGAGCCGUGCCAAGAUAAUAACGCUGGAGAGCAUUCAGAGUGCAAAGAGAAGUCGCCAGAGACGACCGAGAAGACCGCGCAGGCGUCGAGGAACUCCCUGAGCCCUUCGUCAGACUCCAAAAAGCUCCUCUCGCCCAGCAGGAGAAGCUCCGAGGUCGGGAGCGUCGUCGACUCCGCAGACAUCCAGACGUCCGCCCAGUCCCCCCCGGCGCCUCCGGUCUUCCACCUGCCGCCCUCUCCGUCCGAACUGAGGAGUGGGAAGCGCGUGCGGAAGCUGAAGAAGAGGAAGGCGCUGAAGAAGGCUCAGGGGGCGGAGCAGCCGGAGAGCAGCGAGACGGAGGUGGACGAGGAGGCCUCGCGUCCCCGGUGGCUCCGGACGCGGAGGAGGCCCAGUGGAGGCUCUCAGGUCAGCACCUCCAGCGUCCCGACGGAGAACGGGGACACGAACGCGGGGGCCAACCAGAAGGCUCAGACGAGGGCCAGCGUCAAACUCGAGAGGGAGGACAGAACUUCGGUGGCGGAGCGUCCUCCGGUGGACCCUGCUGAUCUCACGCUGGAUUCUGAAGAAAGCAUGGAGGUCACUGCAGCCGGCGCGGACGCCAUGCCUCCACCUCCAGACCGGGUCCCAGACUCCUCCAGGCCUCAGCCGCAGAGCCUGGCCUGCAACGAGGUCUCCUCCACCAGCGACAUGGAUUUGUGUAAAUCGUCCGAGAGUGACAUGCCAUUUGCCCUCACGUUGCCUAAGAACUCCUCAGACGCCUCCUCUGACCACGGCGAGGACGACAUGCCCACCGAGGGAGCGUUCGAGGGCCACCAGGAGGCGGUGAACGCCAUGCAGAUCCACAACGGGCUGCUGUACACGUGCUCCGGAGACCGAACCGUUAAAGCCUUUGACCUGGUGAGCCAUAAAUGUGUUGGUGUGUUCGAGGGCCACAGCUCCAGAGUGAGCUGCCUGCUGGUGUCUGCAGCUCCGUCCCUCCAUCAUCGCCUUUACUCUGGUUCCAGUGACCAAACCAUCCGCUGCUACAGCCUCAAGACACAAGAACUGGAGCAGCAGUUUCCUCUGUCGGACCGAGUCCUCUGCCUCCACAGCCGCUGGAGGACGUUGUACGCGGGGAUGGCCAACGGCACCGUGGUGACCUUUAACCUCAAGACAAACAAGCAGACGGACGUGUUCGAGUGCCACGGGCCGCGGGCCGUGAGCUGUCUGGCCUCGUCUCAGGAGGGGGCCCGGAGGAUCCUGCUGGUCGGCUCCUACGACAACACCAUCAGCGUGAGGGACGCCAAGAACGGACUGCUGCUGCGUACGCUGAAGGGACACACCAAGACUGUGCUCUGCAUGAAGGUGGUCAAUGACCUGGUGUUCAGUGGAUCCAGCGAUCAGUGCGUCUACGCCCACAACAUCCACACGGGGGAGCUGGUUCGGGUCUAUAAGGGCCACAGUCACGCUGUCACCGUGGUGACCGUCCUGGGGAAGGUGAUGGUGACGGCCUGUCUGGACAAACGGGUCCGCGUCUACGACCUGCAGUCUCAUGAGCAGCUGCAGGUCUACGGCGGACACAAGGACAUGGUGAUGUGUAUGGCUGUCCAGAAGAACAUGAUCUACACCGGCUGUUACGACGGCAGCGUGCAGGCCGUCAAGCUCAACCUGAUGCAGAACUACAGAUGCUGGUGGCACGGCUGCUCGCUGGUCUUCGGGCUCAUGGAGCAUCUGCAGCAGCACCUGAUCAACGACCACACCAGCGUCAAAUUCCAGACGCUCAAGUGCCGCUGGAAGAACUGUGAAGAGUUUUUCUGCUCGCGCAACAGCUCCAAGAAGGGGAUGCUGGUGCACAUGCAGAAACACGCUGAGGAGGAGACCGAAGUGGAGCCUUAGGGGCUGAUGGUGGGAACCUAGUUUCUCCCUCGGCCCUUUUCCUGUAGUCUGUACCCGCCCCUCUCCUGUUAACCUCCCAUAUUGGGGGGGCCACGUUCUCUCAUCAGCGCUCCUGUUUGGAGCCUGACGAGCGGCGUCUCGACGACUCCAUCCUUUAUGUUCGGUGUUGGAAUCCAACCAUAAUACAAUCUUUAAAGGAGGGUUGGUUGCGCUGCUGUUGUCAUUAUUCUUUUUUUUUUUUUUUUUUUUUUUACAAAACAUGCCUUUCUCUCUCUCUCUCUCUCUCUCUCUGUCCGACCACUACACUUCCUUCCUGUUUUCACUGACCAAAAAAAAAAAGUAAACGACGACAAAGAACAACCUGACUUUUGUUUGCUGGAGAAACGUCAGAGUUGCCGGUGUUCGAGGGACCUGUCACGCUUUCCGAUAACCGUCCUCCAGACUGGCUGGCUACAACAUGGCAUGGGCUGAGAGAUGUUUUUUAUUGUUGUUGUGCAGUUGUUGGUGUUGAGCAACCUGUUUUAUUUUUAUUUGAGUAAUGAGCUCAUGAGGAGGGAUUUCAACGUAUCCUCAUAGAUCACGGUUAACGGUGUGAUUGUUUCUUAUGAAGGAGUUUUUUUUUUUUUUUUGGUUUGGGUUUUCAUUUUACUUUCAGAAAAAGAAAACACAGUUUCUAUCUUUAUUUAUUUGUUGCUCGUUGAGACGGUUGAUAGACGCAGGAGGGACUUUGUUGUGUGGCCUGAGGUUGCAGUGAUAACAGAAACCAGGAGAUGGCGCCGUGUGUCGUUUGUGUGCGUGUGCUCCUUUAUUCCUCGACAGAUUGUUUUUUUUUUUGUUUUUUUUUAACCCCGUUUCGAGUGAGUGCGACGGGCGGGUUUGAGGAAUUUAUUUUAUAUUUGAGCAUUUCCCCACAGUAAAUAUGAUGAUUCGUGGAGGUGAAGGAUGUUUAGAGGAGGUGUUUGAUGGAAGAGCUUGAAGGGAAGAAUUAGGAUUCAUCUCCCAUGCCAUACCUCACCCUCUUAGGAGAAAAACAAAAAGAAGACAACAAGUGGUAGAACAAAGCCACUUUUUUUUUCUUUUUUUAAGGAAUAUUUCACCCACUUUUUAAUCUGCGUAAAAGCCCAGCUGAUGCUCUGCUGGAAGCUCAAAGAGCUGCUUGUUGCGUUUGUUCUUAGCCGAGUUAAUCUCAGAGCCGCCACUUCUCCUCACUGACUCGCUAUUUACGACGGAGGGAAAGCCGUGCAGGUCGCCUCACACCCAGCAUUCCUGAGUUUCUUCACGUUUUUCAGUUGUUAUCAACGUUCUGAAGAGAUGUUUUAUAAGUGCAAUCUUAAAUAAAAGUUAUAAAUAAAAGAAAAUGUUUGCAACUCCAAAAA